CUGGCUUGGGGAGUCACCUGGAUUGAAGACUGGGGCCCCUUGAGGGGGCUGGCUGUGAGGCUUGGGGAUUUCAGAUUCAUACCAAAUUGCAGGCCAGUGACACCUGGGCUGGGGGCUGGAGGGGGAUGCAGCACACUGGGAUUGUAGUGCUGGAGUGCAGUUGUUUUUUUCAGCCAGCUGGGCACUUUCCCUUCUCCCCCUUCCCUGAGUGCGGGGCUGUGUGCGGUGCAGGGAUCUUUCACACAGUCUGGACAAUCUUCCUUCGCUGGCCCCCUCCUCAUCCCCAGCGAGCUCCGCGCCUCGGUGUGGCCUUUCAGAACGCCGGCUUGAAAGUGGGGUAACGAGGACGUGCCUCUUCUGCUGCUGACAAAAAUAGUCUUGCAAGACAAAGAAACUGUCGAACAUGGAUGAGGAGCGCAGGUUCCCCCAGAGGCAGGGAAAUUAUUAUGAACAACAAUGCCAUUUUUCUGUGCCCAUUGGAAAGUGGCUACCCUCCCAGACAGGCUCCUUUAUGUCCUCCCUUCCCGCUCCCUUAAACAGGAGCUUAAGGGUUGCCCGGAAUAAAGGCCCGACUCUUAGUGACUUCGGUAGGACUUAAACUUGAGCCGGACUUAAGUGCUUUGCUGAAUCAGGGCUGGGUGGCGGGGGGAGUCUAUUGUGGCCACAUUUCCCUCUGGUUUGUUAUGGAGCCAUGCUCAACACAGCGGAUCUCUGCUCAUCUUGGCAUGGUUGCUCUGGGGAGGGCAAAAAACCAGUGUUUGUGGUGGUCCUGAAUUUCAGUUUAGGGUCUGAAAAACGUGUUGAUAGUCCACUGAGGGUUUUUUAAAGUCCGUUCGAAUCUUUCCGUUCCCUUCCCUUUAGGGAUGUAGUGUGUUCUUGUAGCUGUAAGAUUUAUUCAGUGAUUGUGGCAGAUUGAAUGGAGGAAAAACAACCAGGAGCACUUGGAAUAAUUGAUGUCUAGUCUGUGCUCUGGAGCGGAGUAGCUGCUUUUAGGUGCAUUACCUUACUUCAUAACUAUGCAUGGAGCAUCUGUAUUAGCAGCUCAGGAGUACGAUCGUGGUUUGCCGUGAGACACGCAGGAGCCGGCGGGGCGAUCUCUGUGAGCUGGGCCCCCAUCCACUGGCAAAGAGUUUGUGUCAGCAGAGCAGCGACCUUGGCCACCUGGGAAGAUGAGAAGCCAUAUGGCCUGUUACCUCUUGGUCCUGUUGGCGGCCGUGACAACGGGCUACCCCUCUCGACGAGCCGCCGUGGACUUGGACGCCACCCCAAGGAUGACGAUUGCCGAUAACGAGUUGUCCGACGUCCGGCGCUUCAGCAGCCACGCCCUGAACUACACCACUCUGCUGCUGGAGGAUGAGAAGGGGAUCCUCUACGUGGGAGCGCGAGGGGCCAUAUUCGCCUUAAACUCCAGCAACAUUGCCGAUGGCUCCCAGAGGGAGAUCCGGUGGGAGGCAUCUCUGGAGAAGCAAACCGACUGCCUCCAAAAGGGCAAGAACAACAAGACCGAGUGCUUCAACCACAUCCGGCUCGUGCAGAGGCUGAACGACACUCACCUGUACGCCUGCGGGACCUACGCCUUCCACCGCUGUGCGCGGCCAUCGAUGCCGACAGGUUGCGCUGCCGUCCCACUUGGAGGAGGGCAAGGAGAAUGCCCGUACGACCCCGCACGCGGCUACACCGGCCUCAUCGUAGGAGGUGGGAUGGCGGGUUGUCCACGGGCACGCGGGUACGAGUUCCGCAGCCUGCCCACGGACAUCAGGCGGCACCUGCACCAGCGGCCCCUGAAGACGGGAAGGUCCCCCGUGCACUGGCUAAACGAUGCAGAGUUCGUGGCCUCUGUUCUGGUCCAGGAGAGCGUGCGCAGCCCAGUGGGGGAUGAUGACAAGAUCUACUACUUCUUCAUGGAGCGGGCGGCCGAGGAGAGUGCCUCCUUCGACAAGAGCCAGGUGGCCAGGGUGGCCAGAGUGGCCCGGGUGUGCAAGAGCGACCUGGGUGGGAUGAAGAUCCUGCAGCGGAAAUGGACAUCCUUCAUGAAGGCCCGGCUGGUCUGCUAUAUCCCCUAUUACGAAGUGCUCAAGGCCGUGCACACCGUGGAUGGGGGCAGCUGGCCCAGCACCAUCUUCUACGCCACAUUCACCUUGUCAGCUCAGUGGAGGAGCAUGGAGGCAUCUGCCGUCUGCCAGUACAACAUCUCUGAGCUGCAGAGGGCUUUCGAGGGCCCCUACAUGCAAUACCAGGACACCACCCGCAAAUGGACCCGCUACGACGGGGAGGUGCCGGACCCACGGCCGGGCUCUUGCAUCACCAAUCGCUCCCGCAAGGAUGGCUACCGCUCCUCUCAGGACCUGCCCAACAGAGUGCUGGACUUCGUCAAGCUACACCCGCUCAUGUUCGAGGAGGUGAAGCCGGCACAGGGGGAGCCCCUGCUGGUGAAGAAGAACGUGCUCUACACGGCCCUGGCGGUGGACAGGGCGCUGGCCCUGGACGGCCAGCAGUACGACGUGCUCUUCAUGGGGACGGGUGACGGCUGGCUGCACAAGGGGGUGGUGAUCGGCUCCGCCGUACAUAUCGUGGAGGAGCUGCAGGUCUUCGGGACCCCCCAGCCCGUGGAAAGCCUGGUGAUCUCCAAAGGCCAGAGAAGCGUGUACGUGGGUGCUGGCAGCGGAGUCCUGCAACUCCCCCUGUCCAGCUGCGCCAGGUACGGCUCUUGCUAUGACUGCAUCCUGGCCCGGGACCCCUACUGCACCUGGGACGGCGAGGGCUGCCGGGAGCUGGACGGCGCUGCGGACAGGACCCGGCUGACCCAAGACGUGCAGCACGGCAGGGAGGGCUGCAGGAACGGCUUUGCUCAGGCGCCCCCCGUGCAGAAGAACCGGACGGUGCUGCGGGGCGACGACGUGCUGCUGCCGUGCGAGCAGCGCUCCAACCUGGCGCGGGCCACGUGGCUGGUGAACGGCACGGCAGGGCUGGCGGCCGGGCGGGGCCACUUCCGGCUGGGGGCAGACGGGCUGCUGGUGACGGACGCCCUGCCGGAGCACAGCGGGGAGUACGGCUGCUACGGGGAGGAGAAUGGUCUGCGCUCCCCGCUGGCCGCCUACGCCCUGACGGUGCUGCCAGAGCCGCCCCAGCAGCCGGCGGCGCCCACGGCCCCCCUGCCCCCCCGCACCGCCCGCCAGGCCUCCCCCGACAUGAAGUUCAUCUACCUUGCGGUCAUCACGGUGCUGGGCGGGCUGUGCCUGGUGCUGAGCACGGUGCUGCUCCACGUCUCCUGCCUGCAGCGCCGCAAGGGCAGGUACGUGCUGGGCGCCCCCUCCGUGGAGCUGCAGACGGUCUCGGCCAACUGCGUGGGCAGGGGCCGGGAGGCCGCGGAGGAGGAGCUGGGCCGGGAGGCCGGCUGCCUGCAGAUCGUCCCGGGCGAGGCCUCCCCGGCGGCCUCCCCGGCCAGGGAGGCGCCCCCGGCGCCCCCCCCGGCACCCCCGCCCCUCCCGGCCGAGUUCACCAACGGCAUCGCCGCCCUGCCCAAUGUGCUGCGCAAGAUGAACGGCAACAGCUACAUGCUGCUGCAGCAGGAGGAGCCCAGCCCCUCGCCCCUGUACGCCAGCUCCUUCGCCGAGGAGCUGAGCAAGAUCCUGGAGAAGCGGAAACACACGCAGCUGGUGGACAAGCUGGACGAGAGCUCCGUGUAGGGGCCCCCGGACGCCGGUCGGAUUCAGUCCCCUCUCCCCGUCCCCCUCCCCCACCAACCAGUGUUACACAAACCUACGGGAAACUACCUCCGGAGCCGAAGCGCGGGGCUGGGCCUCGGGGCGCCGGGACCCCCCAUGCCGGGCCGGCUUGGGUCCGGACACUGCUGUAAAGAGACGUGGAUUGAAAUGGGAAUUUUAUUUAUGGAUGAAAGAUGACGAUCCGGAAACACGGCUGUGUCAGGGUGGGGCGGGAGGAGACGCCUGCCCGGACGCUGGCCUCGGACCACUCCUGCGGGAGAGGUGGGAGCUGGCCCCUGCAUGCUGAGAAAAGACAUGGCCCCUGGGACCCGCCGGGCCGAGAGCCAGAGACGGGGAACCCGGCAUGGAGGAGAGCUGGAAAGCAGGAGCCCGUUAGUCUGUGCAAAACGCUGACAUGGCCGUGAAGGGGCUGGCUCCAGUGCGGGGCCCUGAGCUGAACCACCACAGGCUGGAGCACAGGGCUGGGGAACGCCGGCUUUCAACACUGCCUGACAUGGUGGGGAGAGAGCUGUGCCUGGCCCCUCCGUCGCAAGCAGAAGUGGCCCUGAGCUAUCCUAGCGAUGCCAGGCUACAGCCAGGUCAUGGGGCAGAGAGUUGGCAGACAGGCCCUGCAGAGUGAGUGCAUAGGGGUACGAGUGGGGGGUGACGGCAGCGUGGCCGUGGAGUGGUGCGUGUGGGGGGUCACGGCAGCGUGGCCAUGGAGUGGUGCGUGUUGGGGUCACGGCAGCGUGGCCGUGGAGUGGUGCGUGUGGGGGUCAUGACAGCGUGCGUUUGGAGUGGUGCGUGUGGGGGGUCACGGCAGCGUGGCCGUGGAGUGGUGCGUGUGGGGGGUCACGGCAGCGUGGCCAUGGAGUGGUGCGUGUUGGGGUCACGGCAGCGUGGCCGUGGAGUGGUGCGUGUGGGGGUCAUGACAGCGUGCGUUUGGAGUGGUGCGUGUGGGGGGUCACGGCAGCGUGGCCGUGGAGUGGUGCGUGUGGGGGGUCACGGCAGCGUGGCUGUGGAGUGGUGCGUGUGGGGGUCACGGCAGCGUGGCUGUGGAGUGGUGCGUGUGGGGGUCACGGCAGCGUGGCCGUGGAGUGGUGCGUGUGGGGGUCAUGGCAGCGUGGCCGUGGAGUGGUGCGUGUGGGGGUCACGGCAGCGUGACCGUAGAGUGGUGCGUGUGGGGGUCACGGCAGCGUGGCCGUGGAGUGGUGCGUGUGGGGGUCACGGCAGCGUGCGUUUGGAGUGGUGCGUGUGGGGGUCACGGCAGCGUGCAUUUGGAUUGGUACGUGUAGGGGGUCAUGGCAGCGUGGCCAUGGAGUGGUGCGUGUGGGGGUCACGGCAGCGUGGCCGUGGAGUGGUGCGUGUGGGGGUCAUGGCAGCGUGGCCGUGGAGUGGUGCGUGUGGGGGUCACGGCAGCGUGACCGUAGAGUGGUGCGUGUGGGGGUCACGGCAGCGUGGCCGUGGAGUGGUGCAUGUGGGGGUCACGGCAGCGUGCGUUUGGAGUGGUGCGUGUGGGGGUCACGGCAGCGUGCGUUUGGAUUGGUACGUGUAGGGGGUCAUGGCAGCGUGGCCAUGGAGUGGUGCGUGUGGGGGUCACGGCAGCGUGGCCAUGGAGUGGUGCGUGUGGGGGUCACGGCAGCGUGGCCGUGGAGUGGUGCGUGUGGGGGUCAUGGCAGCGUGCGUUUGGAGUGGUACGUGUGGGGGGUCACGGCAGCGUGGCUGUGGAGUGGUGCGUGUGGGAGUCACGGCAGCGUGGCUGUGGAGUGGUGCGUGUGGGAGUCACGGCAGCGUGGCUGUGGAGUGGUGCGUGUGGGGGUCACGGCAGCGUGGCUGUGGAGUGGUGCGUGUGGGGGUCAUGGCAGCGUGCGUUUGGAGUGGUACGUGUGGGGGGUCACGGCAGCGUGGCCGUGGAGUGGUGCGUGUGGGGGGUCACGGCAGCGUGGCCGUGGAGUGGUGCGUGUGGGAGUCACGGCAGCGUGGCUGUGGAGUGGUGCGUGUGGGGGUCACGACAGCGUGGCUGUGGAGUGGUGCGUGUGGGGGUCAAGGCAGUGUGGCCGUGGAGUGGUAUGUGUGAGGGGUCACGGCAGCGUGGCCGUGGAGUGGUAUGUGUGGGGGGUCACGGCAGCGUGGCCGUGGAGUGGUACGUGUGGGGGGUCACGGCAGCGUGGCCGUGGAGUGGUACGUGUGGGGGUCACGGCAGCGUGGCCGUGGAGUGGUGCGUGUGGGGGUCACGGCAGCGUGACCGUAGAGUGGUGCGUGUGGGGGUCACGGCAGCGUGCGUUUGGAGUGGUGCGUGUGGGGGUCACGGCAGCGUGCGUUUGGAGUGGUACGUGUGGGGGUCACGGCAGCGUGCGUUUGUAGUAGUGCGUGUGGGGGUCACGGCAGCGUGGCCGUGGAGUGGUGCAUGUGGGGGUCACGGCAGCGUGGCCAUGGAGUGGUGCAUGUGGGGGUCACGGCAGCGUGGCUGUGGAGUGGUGCGUGUGGGGGUCAUGGCAGCGUGCGUUUGGAGUGGUGCGUGUGGGGGGUCACGGCAGCGUGGCUGUGGAGUGGUGCAUGUGGGGGUCACGGCAGCGUGCGUUUGGAGUGGUACAUGUGGGGGGUCACGGCAGCAUGGCCGUGGAGUGGUACGUGUGGGGGUCACGGCAGCGUGGCCGUGGAGUGGUAUCUGUGGGGGGUCACCCCUUGCCUGUGGCCUCCCAUUGCCAGCCCCCCCGGCCAUUAGGGACCAAGACCCCAGGAGCCAGGCUCAGCAGCAGAGGACGGGGCAGGUGAGGGGGCAGGGUGAGGGGGCACUUAACCAAACAGCCUCCUUCAUCCUCACAGCCAGGGGAGGGCCCCAUCCUGUGCCCUGUCCCAGUGUAGGCGCUCAGGUUACACUGGUGUAACUGGGAGCAGGUGUUGGUCCCAGAUUCCAGCUCCCCUUGGCUUCCGCUGUCUGUCUCCUGCAUCUUUCCCGCCCCGGUGCCACCUUCCUGCCCAUCCGGCCCCAACGCCCCCUGCCUAUGUAAGGCCAGAACGGAGCUGGGCAGGGGAGGGCAUCGUGACAGGCCCUGCUGUGUGUGUGUGCGUCAGCGUGCGUGCGUGUGUGUGUGUGUGUGCAUGCUCAGCUCCGCGCGCUAGAAUGGCAGACACGCCACGCGACCGUGCCUGCUCACUAGUGCGCCUGCCGCGACGGGGAUCCCCCUGCAGGGGCUGUGUUUUGGGAGCACAAGCUCCGGAGUUCUGGCCCCUGCCGGUGCUGAAGCCCUGUGCACAUAGCCUGGGUUUAUUCCAGCCACGGCCCCCGGGAGCGUGCGGGUGCGCGACACAUGCCAGCGACCGGCCCCUUGCUCAGCUUGUGCCGAGAGAGGCCAGCUCCCAGCUGAGCUCCACCGCCUCCUCCAUCCGUCCCGCUCGGCCGUGGCUUCACCCCUGCAGAGCCGCGGCCCGGUGCGAAGUGACUGCGGUUCACUAGCGAGCACUCGACGCCCGGGCCUCCAGCGCGGAUUGGGAAUGGCCGGUCGCUUCAAACGCAGGGACAGUCGGCCCCAGAACGGCCACCGGCAGAUGUCCCCGAGCGUCCUGGCGAGAGAGAGAGAGAGAGAGAGACUGCGUGGCUAAGGCAACGCGCACACCCCCGGCUCCAGUGGUACCUGACCAGCCCUCUAGGUAGUGCGAGUUACCGCGUCGUCUCCCAAACGUCACAGCCACUGAGAGCCCAGACUUGCCGCUCCACACCCCCUGCCCAGCCAGCGGGCACCAACUUUCCCCGGCUAAUUGACUUUGGCCUUCGCUCCGUUACCAGGCUGCUCUGGUAUUCUGCGGGCGGGGGGGGGGAGAGACCACCCAUAAAGCUGCUUCGAAACCCUGCUGUGGCUGGGAGCAGACAGCUCCCGAACAAGCAUCCCCCCCGCACCCAUCACCUUGUAACCAGAGCGGCGGAGGUGUAUGCAGACAGGUCUGCUGGGCAAACACCCCCACGGCUCCACCGCUCCCAGCUGUGGGCGAGCUCCCAGGGUGGGUGGAUCUUCCUCUCCCCACCACUCAGGGACCCGGUGCCACCCGGGCAGGUUGCACCUGAGCCUGAGAUCGCUCUGGCAGAGCAAACAAGCUGGCUCUUAGCCUGUGGGCCAGCCCCUAGAGGGAGAUGGGAGCUGUGGAUGUCCCAUGCAUCCUCCCCCAAUCCUCCUUUGCAGCAUCAAGCAGCGUCCGCCUCCCUGCCCCCCACCUCUCCCUCUGCGUGGAACGGGCACCCCGAGCAUGCGGACCGCAGCCCUGGCGUUGGAGAGCUGGAGCUGGUGUCAGGCCGUGGUUUCUCAUGGAAGUGAGCAACAGAGGUGGUUCUUCUGCCUGGCCAGGGCACGACAGCUGCCCCCCCCCGCACCUGCACCAGGCCUGCGAGGGGCUGCCAGGCUGCCCACUCCUGUGGUCUCUGAGCACCUGCCUGCUCUAGCUUUAAAUGGCCCAGGAAAUGGGGCUCCCCACAGUCGCCUCGCCCUCCUGCCUGCCUCGCCAUACAAUUGGAGGGGAAGGCUGUGCUCUCCGAGGGUUCCCUCACUAGCACCCCCAGGCCCUGCCCAGCUGAUGUGGAUCUCUAUGAGCUGCAGCUGGCACUGGCUUGCCCCAGCGGAUGCGCUGCCCCAGAUGAGUGGAGGAAGGGCUGGGUGGUGCUUUGCCUGGAGCAAUAAUGUUUCUGUGUCUGCGUGGCUCAGGCUGUCCCUCGCUGGCCUGCCAUGCUGCCGGGCCAUCCUAGACCUGGCUAUGCCAGGCCCAAUGCAUGGGAAUGGGGGGCGGAAGGGGGGGAGGAGAGGCGUGUACAGAACAUCCCUUGUGUGGAAAAUAUUUCAAGUGGGAGGCUCUCUGGGCCAGUGAUAGCAGCAGCAGAUUGUGAGUCAGGAUGUCUGGGUCCUAUUCCCAGCUCGGGGAAGGGACUGGAAGUCAGGAUGCCUGGGGCCUAUUCCCAGCUCUGCCACUGGCUGACCUUGGGCAAGUCACCUUCCUUCUCUGAGCCUCAGUUUCCCCUCCAUAAGGCAAGGGUAAUUUCUCCCUCCCUGCUGUUGGGAGAUGCGGGGAGGGAGGUUUCCAGCAUUGGGACAGUGUGGUAGAAAUGUAGAGCGAGCCAGCUGGUGAUCCGACAGCAGUGGCCCCAGGUGCUGCUGUAGCCGUCCCAGGCUGUUGCUGUGGGGUUGGUAAGGCUGGUGCCGUACCCCGCACCCCAGCAUUGCUGGGCCUUGCCCAUUACCCAGCCAUGCCCGGGAAAGGCCCCGCUUAGCAUGGCUCAGGGAGCACACCGCAGACCCAGGGCUGUGUUUGUGUGCCAAAGGGUUGUCUGGGGGGACUUGUGUUCUUGAGCCCUGCUCCAGCGCAAAUCGUCGACCAGCCUUGGCGCCCAGUUCCUGGAAUGGGAAAGGGAGGGAGGAAUCGGCGUGGCCGGGGCGGAAUCCGUGGCUGAUCCCCUGGAAGGAGCAGGGCUGGAGCCCUGCAUAAUGGAAGCACCUCGUCUCCAGGAUGGCUUGAUCUAAAACCUAUGUACCAACCUGGCUGCCCAGCGGCCUGCCUUGGCCUCAGAGACAUUACCAUGGACAGUCAAAGCAGCAGCGUACAGCACCUUGCAUCUGGUUGCCUCUGCCCCUAGCCGCUCAAUAAACCUGGAUCUGUCUGAAUGA